AAGUCUUUCAAGUUUCCACCAUUUUUCAUGAGACGAAACCUCGCAGCAAAAUCCUAACAAGUUCAUGAACUUGACCAAAAAAAUCGAUUUCCGGUCCAAACAUCAGUACGCACUUCCCAAUUCCUUAUUCUCGGUUAUCUCCUUGCUCAAAUCUUCCAAACAAACAAUUGAAAUCUCUCAAAUCCAUGGUUUUAUGGUCAAAACUGGUAUUGACAAUAACCCUUUCGCUGUAAGUAAGCUUCUUGCUUCUUCAAUAGAAGAAGUCAAAUAUGCAGCCUUAAUCUUUGAUACUGUACAAAACCCAAAUUUGUUCAUGUACAAUACUAUGCUUAGAGCCUAUUCUACUAGCGAUGACCCCAGACAAGCUUUUUCUGUGUUCAAUAAUUUGAGGGCUAAAGGGAUCGAGUUGGACCAGUUCUCUUUCAUCACAGUUCUAAAAGCUUGCGCGCGUGAAAUGGCUAUUAAGACUGGGCAGGGAAUACAUGUUAUUGUUUUGACAUCUGGGUAUUUGAUGUUUACCAAUGUAAAGAAUAUACUUUUGCAUUUUUACGGCGUUUGUAAAAGAAAUAGGGAUGCACAAAAGUUGUUUGAUGAAUUUCCUGAAAAGAAUGAUUUGGUUUCUUGGAAUACUUUGAUGGGUGCUUAUUUACAAGCAACGUUGCCCUUUGAGACAACAAAAUUGUUUAGACAAAUGUUUAGAAGUGGUUUGCAAGUGAGUGCUACUACAUUGUUGAGUGUGCUGUCUGCUUUUGCUGAUGUAGGAGAUCCAAUUGGAGGAAUGUCCAUCCAUGGGCAUUCCAUCAAGACUGGAUUUUGCUCAAAUCUAAAUGUGGUGACUUGUUUGAUUGAAAUGUACACAAAAACGGGAGAUAUUGAUUCAGGACGUAGAAUUUUUGAUGGAGUUGUUGAAAAGGAUGUUAUUCUUUGGAACUGUAUGAUUGACAAAUAUGCAAAGGCCGGGUUGCUAGAACAAGCUAUAGCUUUGCUGCAGACCGUGAAACUUCAAGGAGUGAAACCGAAUUCGUCUACAGUAGCAGGGCUGCUUACGGCUUGUGCUGCCUCUGGAUCAAUAAAACUAGGGUGCUGUCUCAGUGAUUAUGUAGAAAAGGAGGGGUUGGAGUUGGAUGCAAUUCUUGGAACAGCUUUAGUUGAUAUGUUUGCUAAAUGUGGGUUUUUGGACAAGGCUAUACAAAUUUUUGAAAGGAUGGUGAGCAAAGAUGUAAAAUCUUGGACAGCAAUGAUUUUAGGUUAUGGAGUUCAUGGGCAAGCAAGAAAAGCUGUUGCUUUGUUCCUCAGGAUGGAGCAGGAGGGUUUUAGACCUAAUGAAGUUACUUUCUUGGGAACUUUAAGUGCUUGCAGCCAUGGUGGGUUAGUUAUAGAAGCAAUGAAAUGUUUUGAAAGGAUGGUUCGAGUAUAUGGCUUUUCACCUAAGAUUGAGCAUUAUGGUUGCUUGAUUGACCUUUUAGGUCGGGCAGGCUUGCUAGAGGAAGCACAUGACCUAAUUGAAAGACUGCCGGUUAGGAGUGAUGCUACCGCAUGGCGCGCAUUGCUUGCUGCUUGUCGAGUCUACGGAAAUGUUGAAUUAGGGGAACGUGUGAAAAGAAUGUUGGCUGAAAUAGAUGAUCAACAUCCUACUGAUUCUAUUCUUCUUUCCUAUACUUACGCUGUUGCUGGCAGGUUACCAGGUCAUAGCAGAUGCCAGGAAAAGGAAGAACAGAGGACACAGGCAAAUAAUGGAAAUAAGUUAGUUGAAAAAAGAGAAAGGAUUGUUAAGGAAGCUGGUUGCAGCGCAAUUGAAAUUGAUAAUUACAGUUGGUUGGAACUUUUCUGACUUGAUUACUGUAUUAUUAUUAUUUUUUUAAUAAACUAAAUAUGCAUAUAGGUUAGGACGACAAUGUCAAAAUUUAAACCUUCCUGCCAUUCCAAAAAAUAAUGUGACAGCUUCCUUUCUUUUUUUUUUUCCCCUCUUAUUUCUUUUCACAUUUUGUUUCUUCAAGUGUCGAGUUCCAACUCCAUAAUCAUUUCCAUU